UCACGUGAUUUACCACGACACAAUGCGUUUACAACGCCACAAGUAAUUAUGUUCAAAAACAACUUCAAUAUUUUUAUACUUUGGCCAGUUGAUAUUUUAUCAGCAAUUGGAUCACACAGGAAAUAUAAGGAAUAUUUGACUGACCAAAAUGGCUGGAAAAGGCAGAGGAAUAGCAGCAUUCACUUUCAACAUCGAGGCCCUGGGUCUCUCCAGAGGGUCCAUGCCAGAAACCCAGAGAGGGCCAACUCCACUCUUCCCACAAAUUGAAUAUAAACCAGUGCCGUUGAAAGCUGGAGAGGAUGAAGAUUAUAUGAGAGCUUUGAAACAAGAGAUGAGAGGACGAAUGAAAGAUCUCCCAUUUAACAUAAAACCCCAUGCAGGAAAGGGAGAUGUGGAGAGGUAUAAGGAGAAAUACACAAGAGAAAUUAAAAGAAUUGAAGAUGAUAACUGGACACCAGAUUGGAACCGUCUUCCAAAGGAGCUGAAGCCACAAAAGAAGAUUAUUAAAAAGAAAAGAGAUACUACGAAAAAUACAAAGAUCUCAAGUAAGGACAAGGUGGAAGUGUUGAAUAAACUUGAUGAACUUGAAAAGAAGGGAGAUGUAAAAUCAGAUGAGGAGGAUGAAGCAGAGGGAGGGAAGAAGGAAGAUGAGGAAGGAGGGGAAGAAGAAGAAAUUGAAGGAGAAUAUGAUGACGAGAUUGAAGAGGAAAAUGACUACAUAGCAAGCUACUUUGAAGAUGGCGAUGAUUACGGGGGAGGAAGCGAUGACAACAUGGAUGAAGCCACUUACUAGCAAAAAAAUACCCUCAAUUUAAAAAAAA